ACUAUUAGAUGAUCGAGAAAAAAAAAAGGCAAAGAAAAACAAAGACCGAGAAGGAGAACAGGGCAAGCAGACUUUGGCCAUGUGUUUCAGAUUAGCAUUUCAGCUAACUCUUCUGAUAAACUUAGCCGCUGCCGAUGAUGUUGGUUUCAUAUACAACGCAUUUCGGUCCGCUAAUGUAAGCCUUGAUGGCAUCGCAGAAUUCACUUCCAAUGGACUCCUAAAGCUCACCAAUGAAACCAGUCGACAAAAAGGCCAUGCUUUCUACCCUCACCUUAUAAGCUUCAAGAACUCAACAAACGGUUCAGUUUCUUCCUUCUCUACGACAUUUGUCUUCGCUAUUGUUUCUGAAUAUACAAAUCUCGGCGGCCAUGGAAUCGCUUUCGUGAUUGCACCCACCAGGGGGCUCCCUGGAGCUCUUCCAAGCCAGUAUCUUGGACUCUUCAAUGGGACCAACAAUGGCAAUGAUACAAACCACGUUGUUGUUGUGGAACUCGAUACGAUACAAAAUAACGAGUUUUUUGACAUCAAUGACAAUCACGUUGGGAUUGAUAUUAAUGGAUUAGUGUCUGAUAAAUCUUUUCCGGCUGGAUAUUAUGAGGAUGUCACCCAUCAGUUCAAAAACCUGACUCUGAUCAGUGGGCAACGGAUGCAAGUUUGGGUUGAAUAUCAUGGUCUAGAGAAGAGAAUGGAUGUUACUUUAGCUCCAUUUAAUGUUCCUAAACCCAAUACUCCACUUUUAUCUUUGUCUCGUGAUCUUUCUUCAAUUAUUAACAACGAGAUGUAUGUUGGGUUUUCAUCGUCAACCGGUUCUAUUCACCCAUCUCAUUAUGUUUUAGGUUGGAGCUUUAAGAUUAAUGGUCAGGCGCAAGAGCUUACCCUGUCUCAACUUCCCAAGCUUCCUCGGUUAGGGCCAAAGAAAAUAUCAAAAUUUUUGACAAUUGGACUGCCUUUGAUUUUAUCGAGUUUGGUUUUGGCAGCAGUUUCAGGUUUGGUUUAUUACAUUAGAAGGAAGAGAAAGUUUGCUGAAGUUGUCGAAGAUUGGGAGCGUCAGUAUGGGACUCAUAGAUUCAAGUAUAAAGAUCUAUAUAUUGCUACAAAAGGAUUCAAAGACAAGGAGCUAUUAGGUGCUGGUGGAUUUGGUAAGGUGUAUAGAGGAGUUCUACCAACCAGUAAACUCGAGGUUGCAGUGAAAAAAGUCUCACAUGAAUCAAGGCAAGGGAUGAAGGAAUUUGUUGCAGAAAUUGUGAGCAUUGGUCGUCUCCGUCACCGGAAUUUAGUUCAACUCUUGGGAUAUUGCCGGCGUAAAGGUGAGCUUCUUUUGGUCUAUGACUACAUGCCUAAUGGAAGUCUCGAUAAGUAUUUGCAUGACCAGCCAAAGGUCACCCUGAAUUGGGGACAAAGAUUCAGAGUCAUCAAAGGUGUAGCAUCAGGAUUGUUUUAUUUACAUGAAGAAUGGGAGCAGGUAGUGAUUCACAGAGACGUUAAGGCUAGUAAUGUUUUGCUAGAUGGUGAAUUAAAUGGAAGAUUGGGAGAUUUUGGCCUUGCUAGAUUAUAUGAUCAUGGAACGGAUCCACAAACAACUCACGUUGUAGGCACUCUUGGUUAUCUGGCUCCAGAGCAUACUCGAACUGGGAAAGCCACACCACGCACUGAUGUGUUCGCUUUUGGAGCAUUUUUGCUUGAAGUUGCCUGCGGAAGAAGACCAAUACAGGCACAAUCUCCAAUAGAAGAUGUAAUCUUGGUUGACUGGGUGUACUCUUGUUGGUACAAAGGUAAUAUUCAUGAGGCAAAGGAUCCGAAUUUGGGUACAGAUUAUGUAGCAGAGGAAGUUGAGUUGGUCUUAAAACUUGGAUUGCUCUGCUCCCACUCAGAGCCUGAAGCAAGGCCAACCAUGCGCCAAGUUGUUCAGUUUUUAGGAGGAGAUAUUCCUUUCCCAGAAAUGUCAUCACUUUGUCUCUCGUACAGUGGCCUAACAUUUGCCCAUCGAGAAGGCUUUGAUGACUUUGCCAUGCCAUAUAUAUCUUCUGCUUACAAGGGAUUCUCCGAUGCAUCUUCUGUUGCAGAGUCUCUACUUUCAGGAGGUCGAUGA